AUGGGCGUUCCAAAUCGUGGUCCACAGCUCAUUGCUGUGGUAGCUGUGCUCCUGGCCUUUUCACUCACGGCCAUUAUUCUCAGAUGCUAUGUCAGGAUAAGCCUCGUCAAGGCCUUUGGCGUGGAUGAUUAUCUCAUGGUCUUUGCCAUGAUGACCUUUAUAGCCUUUUGCUCUGUAUGUCUCACGGGCGUACACUAUGGCACCGGCCGCCAUUACUGGGAUCUCCAGGAACACGAUAUCCAGGAAGCGUUGAUGUACUGGUACUUCUGCUACAUCUGGUACUGCGUAACAAUGGUUCUCACCAAAAUCUCCAUUGGAUACUUCCUUCUCCGCAUCACCGUCGAGAAGAUACACAACUGGAUCAUCCUCAUCGUCAUGUCGCUCAGUGUCAUCACGGGCAUCUGCUUCUUGUUCAUCACCACGUUCCAGUGCCACCCCAUUUCAUUUUUCUGGAACAAGAACCAAGACGGAAACUGCAUCAACAUCGACGUCAUCAUCGCCUUCACCUACCUCUACAGUGCUUUUAGCGUCAUCUGCGACUUUACUUUUGCGCUGCUCCCGAUUGUGCUCAUCAUGCAGCUCCAGAUGAACAACAAGACCAAGCUUGCAUUAAUCCCCGUCAUGCUGAUGGCUUGCGUUGCGAGUGUUGCCGUCGUUGUUCGAUUCCCCUAUGUCAAGGACUUCAAGACCCUUGACUUCUUGUGGGCCACGAUCGACAUCGCCAUUUGGUCAACCGUCGAACAAGGCCUGGCCAUCACAGCCGGCAGCCUCGCCACCAUCCGACCGCUCUUCCGCAAGAUUGCAGCCAAACUUGGCUGGUCGACAAUGGGAUCGAACUUGCCACCCACCGGCGAAUCCGCGGGCAACCGCCAGACCACUGGCCGAUCGAGAAAAAACAAGUCAAGAGACCCCUUCAGUCUCGCGACUUUCAACCGCGAAGAGGACGAGGAGUCAAACGGACACAUCAAGCUGGUGGACAAUUACCCAGGAAACUUCCAAACGACAAUCACCACCAUCACUGCCGAUCCGAAAUCCGUGUGGAAGUCGUCGAACCGACACAAGGGGGACAACGAGAGCGAGGAAGAGCUGCAGAUGGAGGGAUCAAAAGUCAGAAGCUUCCUCAUCACUGAAGAAAAUGUAUGA